CCCAUCAUCUCCGUACAAGCCUUAUACUUUUCACUGGGAAUUUCCGGUCUAGAGUCGAUAUUUAAGCUCGACGACUGCCCGUCGCAGCAUCUCUUCUCUUCUCUUCUUCUUUACCACCAGCUUCUAUUUCUAGCAAUUUCACUCUUCUUCUUCAUUUCAAGAUGAUGAACCACGCUCGAGUCAAGGCCCUCAAGGGCAACGGCAAAACCGUCUCCAAAAAGGCCAUCAAAUCUGGCCGUGCAUCUGGAAGCAACACGCCGCGGGGCUCUCCUCUGCCUUCGCUAUUGGCAUCGCCCACCAAUUCCGCCGCCCACAGUCGCGUCACAUCCGAUGUCAGUGACGAUGAUGGCGAUUUUGAAUUGGACGACAUGGCGUCAAGCGUUUACUCCGGCGGAUCCCACGACGACACACCCGAAGAGCCCGAUGCUCUCGUCUUCGACACAAGGGCUCUCAUAGAAGGCCUUCGAGAUCGAAAACACAACAACGGCGAGAUGCGAGAAUAUUUCCUCAGCGUUUACAUCAAAACGAUUCGGAACCACUAUACCGCCGACACCCAUCUCUGGCUAGACGAUGCCUCGGGUGAGCUGGCAGAGCUUUUCCUUCACGACUCAAAUCGUGCUGCUACCGCCAAGGAGCGACUACUAAGCCUGCACGCCUACUGCCUUACAAUCGGAACGGUCGGGUCUUUGGAGAUUUUUGAUGGCGCACAAAAGAUUCUCAAACAAAUCAUGACAGACGAUGAUGACGAUGAUUGUCGUGUCUAUGCGAUAUAUGCACUCUGUCUUACAGUGCUCUAUGCUGGUGGCCUAGAAGAGGCCGCCCUGGAAGUCAUGGAGUUCCUUGUCGAGAUUGUGCGGACCGACGGAGAGCACAUCGAGGCCCAUGAUAACGCCGUAAUCGUCGCAGCCGCUCUCCAAGGCUGGUGCUAUGUUGCCAGCCAUGUGGCCGACUUUUCCGACUUUGCCGAUAUGGCCAUGGAUGCGUUUGUGGACCAGCUUGAUAGCGAUGAUGUGGAGAUUCAGUCCAAUGCCGGCGGCUGCAUUGCCCUCAUUUUUGAGGCGUCGCGGAAUCACGUUGAAGAAACAGGCGAGCCGUUCCAGCUCCAGUAUGAUCCGCAAAGGUUGGCUGGCCGCAUGGGCGAACUGGCCAAGCUCAGUGCCAAGUCGGUAUCGAGAAAGCAUCGUCGGAGUCUGCGAGAAAAUUUGAUGAGCGUGGUGACCUCUCUCGAGAGGGGCGUUGGCCCUUUUUACUCUACCGCCCUCUACAUUCCCGAAAAGGGUGAGCAUGUGCCCGUCUCCCAGCGCACUGAUGACGGACAAGCAGAGUACGGUUAUCGAUGCAAGCUGAGGUUGGGUAACCACGUUGCCAAGAUUGAUACUUGGUCUCUCUACUUCAGAACAAGCCUGAUGAGGACCAUCUUCAAGGGCGGGCUGCAGAAUCACGUCUUCAUCAACCCGGUUGUAAUAGAAUGCUUGGAGGAUGCACAAUUCAUACAAGACUACUCACCACUCCAGAAACCGUCAAAGGGCCGGAAGAGGUAGCUCAUUGACAGCAUGGUUUAUUUUCAGAAUGUUCUUUCUUCGGUUCUUUGCGAAGCACUUGAGAGCUAGAGUGCCACGAAAUAUGGGUGUCUUCUCUCCCUCGCUCCCUAUCAUCAUUUUAUGGCCUAUUUUUUUCUUCUUCUCUUCUCUUCUCUUCUCUUCCUUUUGAAUAUGGGUUACGUAACGACUGACUUGUUAGAAUCGGAAUAAUGGUCAUUCAGAGCGCAACAGAGCUCUCAUUAUUCUGCUGCACACUUAGUGGUGAUUGGCGAUGGCGAGAUGAAUUAGGUUGGGCCUUUUGUCAGUGGUUUGCUGCUGUAUACCAAUAAAAUGAAUUCAUAGUUUAGUUUCCAAUAGUAUCAAUAGAAGUUUCAAUUAUAAAAGAUGACAGAAAAAAUAAGUUCAGCCGCGAGAGGUAAUCGUAUACAUGAGACAGUCAGUGAAGCAGGCACCGCAGUAUUGUUUAAUGAUUAGGAUUGCUG